AUGAAGGCCGCCGUCAUCCUCUCCCUCGUCAGCUUCGCUCUCGGCUCCGUCCUUGAGAAGCGCGAGUGCUCCGGCAACAACUGCAACCGUCAGGUCACCGGUACCCGCGAGGGCCUCCUGCCCCUCACCUCCCGCAAGGCCGACUGCUCGUCCUUCCUCCAGGCCACCGUCACCCCCUCCCCUACCACCGUCACCAUCACCGUCACCGCUGCCCCUGCCCGCCUCCGCCGCGACGGCCAGAUCGCCAACCGCCAGGUCACGGAGCUCCCCACCGCCAUCCCGGCCUACGCCUCUUCUUGCGACGACGCCGCCGAGUACUCCUCUGCCUGCUCUUGCUGGGGCAUCACCGCUGUCACCAGCACUGCUCCCCGCCCCACCGUCACCGUCACCACCACCGUCGACUACUGCGAGGCGUCUCGCCAGACGUGGGGAUGGAAGGGUUGA